AUGACCACCCGCUACGCCUCAGUGCACGACCCGGCGGUCCUCGGUGGCCCAGGUGACGCGCGCCCAACGGCACUCCAAAUCAUCAAGGACAACCAUCUCGAGAAUGGGCUCCGCGACAAAGUCAUUAUCGUAACAGGCACCUCGUCCGGCAUCGGCAUCGAGACGGUCCGCGCGCUCAAAGCCACCGGGGCCAAAGUCUACGCCGCGGCACGCAACCUCGACAAAGCCCGCACGGCGCUCAGCGACAUCCUCGAACCCGGCAAAGUCGAGCUCCUCCAGCUCGACACCGCAUCGUUCGCCAGCGUGCGCGCGUGCGCGAAGGAAUUUCUGUCCAAAGAAUCGCACCUCAACAUCCUCGUCAACAACGCCGGCAUCAUGGCCAUUCCCGAACGCCAACUCACCGCCGACGGGUGGGAAUCACAGUUCCAAACGAACCACCUCGGCCACUUCCUGCUCUUUCAACUCCUCAAACCGACGCUCUUGGCUUCCGCGACUCCCGAGUUCCCUUCGCGCGUCGUCUGCGUCUCGAGCGUCGGCCACCGCCAGUCGCCCAUCGUGUUCGACGACCUCAACCUGUCCGCGCCGGACGCGUACAAUCCGUGGAAGGCGUACGGCCAGUCCAAGACGGCCAACAUCUACAUGGCCAACGAGAUCGAGCGCCGCUACGGCCCGCGCGGCUUGCAUGCCUGGUCGCUCAUGCCCGGCGGCAUCAUGACCGGCCUGCAGGUCCACGUCGAUUUCUCGGCUAUGUUGGAUCUGCCCGAGGUCCAGCGCAUCAUGAAGUCGCCGGCACAAGGCGCCGCCACCACCGUCUUGGCCGCCGUCGACAAAGACCUGCACGGCAAAGGCGGGAAAUAUCUCGAGGACUGUGCCGUCGCGGAGCCCGUCAAGCCCGAGUUGGUCCAGGAGCUGGCCGUGUCGGGAUACGCGCCCUGGGCGUACGACGAGGAGGCCGCCAAGAAGUUGUGGUCCGUCAGUUGUGAGAUUGUCGGGGUGAGUGAUGACGAGUGA